AUGGCUGCUCAGACCUGCAUUUCCAUCUCAGAACUGCAUCCCAACUUCUGUCAUCCGAAGGUGGCUGGGGUCGUCAUUGGAAAAAGUGAUGUCAGAAGCUUUCCUGAUAGAAAAAAUAUCGGUGUAGAUAGAUAUACUUUUGGCUUCACCAUUAGGGACUCACCUAACUUCUUCAUCAAUGUGACAGCCUGGGGAAACAGUGGAUACAUCAACGGGUUGUCCAGCAGCUUCAAUAUUGGGGACUGUGUCAACAUUCAAAAUCCACUAGUUGCCAGCAAAGACCCAGAGAAAGCAGACAAGUUCUCUCCUGAAACACCAAGCCUCUACAGACUGAUGGUGAUGGAGGCUCAUUCCCAGGUGUAUGUGUGCGCAGAAAUGGACACUGUUGACAGGAUGCUGCCACUGAUCCACCUACCAGUGAAAGACUCCAGGGACUUUUAUUCUCUAGGAGACAUAGUGGCUAAUGGGCAGAAACUGAAUGGCUCAGUAAUAAAUAUUCUGGCUGCAGUAAGAUGGAUUGGAGAGUUGAAGCAGUUCACCACUUCAGACGGACGUAAAGGGCAGAGGCUGGAAGUGAAGCUCUUUGAUGACUCUGUGCCAUCCUUCCCCCUCGUCUGCUGGGACAGAGAGACCAUUCAGCUUAUACAAACAUUGAUACCUAAGGAGACGGUGCUCUUCAUAGCUGAUGCCAAGAUUAACUUCGACAGCUUUCGCAAUGGCAUGACGGCCACCGUUAACUCGAAAACCAUUAUCACUGUCAAUCCUGAUACCAGAGAAGCCAGCCUGCUGUUCAGCUACGCUAAAGAGGUAUCUGAGACUGGAGGUUUGGACGAAGAUGAAAAAACAGAAGAUGUUCCUGUUGAGUCCAUCACCGACGUGUACACAGUGAGCCAGCUGAAGCAGAAGGCUCAGGACGACCAGGACGUCUUCUUUGGAAUCACAUACAGCUUCAUCUCCAAAUUAGACCUCGACUCCUCUGUUUCAAAAGUAAUCAGAACACGAUGCACCAGGUGUAAAUUUCUAGUGACUGAGGAAAUGCAAAGCUGCUCCAACCCGUUGUGUCAGGGGAGGGAUCAGGGUUUUUCAUCCACCACAGCCUUUGACCUGCUGGUGGACUUCACAGAUCACACCGGCACAUUGCACACCUGCAGUCUCAAAAGCCCAGUGGCAGAGAAAACACUGGGCUGCACAACAGAGGAGUUUACCAGGUUGACUGAUGAUGAGCGUACAACAAUGAAGUGGAAAUUUCUUUUGGAAAGAUGCAAAAUCUACGUUAAGAUCCUCCCAUCAAACACGAUGCGGACUAAGAUCAGAGUGGUGGUCCUGGCCUGUUCCUUGGCAGAUCCAGGGGAGGUGAAGCAGCACAUGUCGGCCCUGCAGCAGCGCCUGUGAUCUUCCACACACACACACAGACUGAGAUGGAAAGCGACUGUGACUGCUGCUCUUCAU